GAACAAUGAGCUCCCGCCGCUCCUGCAGUCACUCUCCGUCGGCGCGUUUGCCUGAUGCGCAGCGCCUCCCCAACUGGUCCCUCACUUUGACAAAUUCCUGGACGUGAGCGGGUCUGCUGAAUGGCUUCUUGCUCGUAAAGAUGAUCCCUUGAAUAUUUUGGAAGUUGAACAGCUCUGCCGCACUGUUUCCCCCCCCACCGGCAGACGACCAGAUUGAAAGAACACAAUGGGACUUUGGUCAUUUUGGAGUUUUGCUUUUUUGGCUUGCGUGUUGCUCUACGCCUUUCACCCCAAGUUUGUGGCUCAAGCGGAAAUAACUUUUCCCAGAACAAUGGACAGAUUCUAUCGCCUGGAGGUAACGCCGCCGGAGGCACGUGUAUCUAGAAAAUCUGCGGAGAUUCAAGUGUCUGUCAAAGUCGACAACAGCACGAAAGUUUUAAAGCCUUUUCAAAGCGAAGCGGACGAUGCGCUGAAGCCAAACAAUGCCCAGCAAGAAGGGAAUGGAGCGCACAGUGGGAUGGAAGCACCGAUCGGUAUCAAACCAAACUAUCACAACGGUCACAGAAUAUCUGGUAAAAAGUAUGGCAACAUUUCCGAGGACAUCCAGGCGCGACCGAGCGCGAGUAUAAUGUUAGAAAGCGCAAAUUAUGUGAGAAGAAAGAAGGCAAAAAGGAGUGUAGGUGCAUCAUACAGCGAAAACGUGGAUAGGAGUAUAAGUGGAGAAGCGCAGUCAAAAGAGAGGUUUGUGGAGACUGUCCAAGGUGUUUCCAGCGCCAGAGCUGAGUACCGACGCGCUGGGGAGGAAGCCAGAGGGUCAAACCCGAGGCAAAGUGAGCCUCACCUGGACACUUCUACUUUUGCUUUGUCGGGAGACUCGGCACACAACCAGGCGAUGGUGCACUGGUCCGGGCACAACAGCAGCGUGAUCCUGAUCCUGACUAAGCUGAAUGACUUCAACCUGGGGGCUGUUACUGAGAGCUCACUGUGGAGAUCCACGGAUUAUGGCAGCACCUACACCAAACUCAAUGACAAAGUGGGUUCAAGGACGGUUUUGAUGUACCUGUAUGUCUGCCCAACCAACAAACGGAAGAUAAUGAUGCUUAGCGACCCAGAGGUAGAGAGCGCUGUUCUCAUCAGUUCAGAUGAAGGGGCAAGCUUUGACAAGCAUCCCAUUAACUUCAACAUCCUGAGCCUGCUCUUCCACCCCGCACAGGAGGACUGGAUACUGGCUUACAGUCAUGACAGCAAGCUGUACAGUUCAAUGGACUUCGGGAGGAAAUGGCAGCUUGUUCACGACAACGUGAUGCCAGGCAGAUUCUACUGGGCGGUAAUGGGGCUGGACAGAGAAUCAGAUGUGGUCCACAUCGAGACGCGCAUCGCAAAAGGCCGUGCUCAGUAUGUGAAAUGCAGAGCUCCACGGUGCACAGAAGGCAACAGACAGUACCUGUUCCCCGGACACGUCGACACCAACUCACUAGUUGUGCAGGAUGAAUAUGUUUUCACGCAGGUAACCAAGUCAGGACGAGCCAGCUACUUUGUCUCCUACAUGAGAGAAUCCUUCAAGCGGAUGAAACUGCCUAAAUACUGUCUGCCAAAGGACAUGCAUAUUAUCAGCACAGAUGAGAAGCAGGUAUUUGCUGCCGUCCAGGAGUGGAAUCAGAACAACACUUACAGCCUCUAUAUCUCAGACUCCCCCGGGGUCUACUUUAUCCUUUCAUUAGAGAAUCUGAGAACCAACAGGGGACCCGCUGGUAACCUCCUGGUCGACUUCUAUAAGGUCGAGGGGAUAAAUGGCAUGUAUCUCGCCAACAAACUGGUGGAUUAUCACAUCAAGACUUUCAUCACAUACAACAAGGGACAAACAUGGGCCCUCCUGCCAGCUCCCAGCACUGAUGUGGCUGGAAAUAACCUUGACUGCAUUCUGCCAUUUUGCUCGCUGCAUCUUCAUCUGGAGAUGUCAGAGAAUCCCUACACAUCUGGACCCAUCACCAGCAAGAAGUCUGUGCCGGGAAUCAUUGUGGCUACAGGCAAUAUCGGAACAGAGCUGUCCUCUACCAACCUUGGGAUGUUUAUAACAUCAGAUGCAGGAAAUAGCUGGAGACAGAUUUUUGAUGAAGAGCACAACAUUUGGUUCCUUGACAACGGAGGAGCUUUGCUGGCAGUUUUACAUGCAGCGACGCCGAUUCGACACUUGUGGAUCAGUCUAGAUGAAGGGAAGAAAUGGGACCGUCACAGUUUCUCCUUGGCACCUCUGUAUGUGGAUGGAGUUUUAAUGGAGCCAGAAUCUGACAACCACAUUAUCACUUUCUUUGGACACUUCAGCCAUCGGUCAGAGUGGCAGCUGAUCAAGAUUGACUACAAGGGCCUCUUUAACAGAAGAUGCAUGGAUGGAGAUUAUCAGACGUGGUACCUGCACAACAAGGGAGAGCUGUGUGUGAUGGGCGAGAAGCAGAUCUAUAUGAAGCGCAGGCCGGGCAACCGUUGCAUGCUGGCCCAGGACUAUUCAAGGAUCUAUUCCUCAGAGCCAUGCCUCUGCACAGCCUAUGAUUUUGAAUGUGACUAUGGCUGGGAGCGCCAGGCGGAUGGGAAGUGCUCCCCGGCUUUUUGGUUUAAUCCAAAUGGUGCGGCUAAAAGCUGCAGCUCCAGCCAAAGCUUCCUUAACAGCACAGGGUAUCGUAAAGUCUUGUCCAAUAACUGUAAGGAGGCAGGAAGGAACGUAUACUCGCCCAGGAGGGAGCCAUGUCGUCCCAGAGCACCCCGAGGCCUCCGUCUGUCCACCAGUCAGGGAGAGCUCAGUGCUGCUGUUGGAAGCAACGUUACUUUCACGGUCUACCUUGAUGAUGGAGACUCGCUGAGAACCAGCAUCCAGCUCGACUUCGGGGACGGCAUCAAGAUCACAUACUCUAACCUGAGCAGGACUGAUGAUGGCAUCAAGCACAUCUACAGAACGACUGGGAUUUACCGAGUGACAGCUUCUGCAGAAAACAGCCAGGGAUCUGACAGCAGCACACUGUUUUUACACAUCACCAGUCCAGUGGAGCGUGUAUAUCUCUCCGCUCCUAUUGUAGCCAUCAGGGGGAAGGAGGCUAAUCUGACUGCGGUGGUUUGGCCGAGCCACCCCAGAACAUUGACCUUCUUCUGGUGGUUUGACAACAGCUCCGAGCCCAUUAUAACCUUGGAAGGAAGCAUCUCAUACACGUUUCAGAAAGAGGGAAAAAACAAGGUCACAGUCCAGGUUGCUUCUGGGAGCACCGUAAUGCAGGAUUCAAAAGUUAUAACUGUUAAAGAGUUCUUCAGGUCGCUGCUGUUGUCGUUUUCGCCAGCGCUUGACGAGCACAAUCCUGACAUCCCCGAAUGGAGGGAGGACAUAGGCCGUGUGGUGCGGACAGCUCUGUCACAGGUGUCUGGGGUUCCUGUAGAUCAGCUGCUGGUGUCUUUGUACCCAGGACUUCCAACUACAGCAGAGCUCUUUAUCCUGCCUGAUGAGCAUACAUCAAGUGAGCAUAACAGAAGGAGUGAGGAGGCUCUAGAGAGGAUCUCAGAUAUUUUUGUCACUGCCCUGAACCAAGGCCUGGUCCAGUUUGAACUGAAAACUGAUAUCCGCAUUAUUGUGUACAUGACUCAGCAAACCUUGGCACCACUUGUGGAUUCAAACUCCAUCCAUAGUGGGUCGGCCAUGCUGAUGCUGCUCAGUGUGGUGUUUGUCGGUGUAGCUGCAUUCUUCAUCUACAAGUUCAAAAGGAAAAUCCCCUGGAUCCAUGUUCAGACUGAGGACAGCCACGAGAAGGAGCCAGAGGUGAUAAGUACAGUCGGUCAGAACGACUCCAUGUCCAAGGUCAAGCUCAGCGAGUUUCCCUCUCAGAAAGAACUCAUGGAAAAGGAGCUGGAGGCCAGAACUAGAGGAGGAAUGGGAAGAAAUAUGGAGAGAAUUGUUACAAGGGAAUUUCCAAACUGUACAAAUGUCUAAGUCAAUAGCUCUGAUACUGAGUAAGUACCGAUUGUUGUGUUUCAAUUGUGCUGCAAUAGUUUGCUUUGUUGGCAUUUUUCUUUUUUUUUUCCUUUUGUUUCACCAGUUAUUUCACGCUGAUAGCUGCUAUCGUUCAGUCAUGUUUUUACUUCACAUGGAUAGAAUAAGUAUCUAGUUUACAAUACUUGAUAGAGAUCAAUCCACUGAGCCAGACUCCAGGGUCUCUAGUUUGAGGGCGGUGAACUGCUGAAAUUAGCUGAUAAAUGCAUCAAACAGCACAAAAUGUCCAAGUGGCAUCGAUUCUCUCACGCUUUUUACGGCUACUAUGACUCUGACAGUGCUAAUAGUGGUAUUUUAUUGAUUAUUCAGAUGAUAUAGUGCAUUUUCUUAGUGCUCUUCACUUCCUUUGACACAUCUGUAUGAUUCUUUAUUAAAAUAAUAUCCUAAUAUCCAAAGUCCUGCUAUCGAAAGCUGUCAGAAAAAAAAAUAUUUCUAUAAUGUAAAGUAGAAAAAUACUUACUAGUUAGGAGAAAAGAAAGAAUUUAUAGGCUUUAUUGUGUUGUUAAAUUCAACACGGACCUAUGAUGAGUUGUUAUUAGGAUAUCUGCCCCUUGAGGAAUAUUAUAGUAAUAUCAUCCAGGCCUUGAUGUUAUAAAUUUACUGCAAUAGAAACAUUGUUUUCUACUUGUUCAUAAUGGUUUCCUGCUACCUUAUUAUUUGCCUCUAGUAUACAAAAUGAUCCAGGCUAUAAAACCUGCCAAGUGCAACCUUUUCAUUUUGCUAUAAUUUUCUAUCUGUUCUUUACAUCCUGAAUGGAUAUUACAACCCAAAACAACAACAGUCAUGAAAUUGCUCUCCCUCCAAAAGGCAGAAAUAUAAUAAAUAGGUUAUUUGGCAUUUUAUUAUCAGAGACUUUUUUUUUUUUAAAUUAACCGCUUCAACUUCACGCUCUGGAUAAACCGCCCUAAAGCUAGAGGUCUUGGUGUUGUAAAUAUAAUGCAUAUGUAUACAAAUGUCUAAGUCUGACUGUUGUGAAGACAGAAAUGUGUAGUUGGUUUUUGCUCUGUACGACAACACGGUGCUUUCAAAGACUGUUUCUCAGCUGAUGGCACACAACAUGAAAGUCUGGCCUUAGAAGUGGAAAUUUUGAUGACUUGUACAUAAAAUAGGAAGGAAUUCAAAUCUAAAACACUAGCUUCAUCCUACAUUAUUGUAAAGUCAGCUGACUGAGCAGUCGUGUGUUUCCAUGACAUCAGGUUCCACAACAAGCUGUAUGUCCUCUUUUUUUAUUUAUUUUUUUACAGUAGCAUGCCCUAAUUAUCUGUGAUUAAAAAAAAACUAUAGAAGACAAUUCUGGGUUAAGCGAAUACUGUGUAUAUAUCAUGGUGAUUUCAAAGUUUACUUGACACAUUAAACAUAUUAUUAAACACCUUGUCCAAUAGUCUAGUGGUGCAAUUGCCCCAAAAGUUGUGCAUGAUAUAAUCUAUGAUAUUGUUCCUUUUUGUCGAUUAUAUAAAAACCGUCUUGUUUUCGAUCACAUUUCUUACUGUGAACAAAUUGCCAUUUUGAAAUUGUUCAAAAUAAAUGUAUUUUUAUAUGGAAA